CUAGAAUCAUACGAUCACGGUCUGGAACAGUUGCCAAACUUUGUGAUCCCAGAGGUUUGCCAAACUUUGUAAUUCAAAAGAAAGUUGCAAAGCUCAAAAACUCUCCUGAUGAGAAAUAACACAAGGCGCCUUAUUUGCUGUUACCUAAACACCUGUCUUUUGCUCCACGGAGCAUGCGCGAAGCAAUGCGGGCCAGGGAUGCAGACAGAAUAUGGGACUUACCUGAAAGGUCACGUGAUGGAAGAGCGGCCAGGGAUUGGUGUAGACAGUUGCACUUCCGGUUGCCUUGACCAUGCCGACUGCAGAAGCAUCAACUUCGACCGGGCGACCCACAUGUGUGAGCUGAACAAUGCAAGCAAGGAGGACUUCCCGGAGCACGUGACCCAGAACCACAGGUCCCUUCACGCCACUAACGACUUCCACGAAAAGCCCCCCUUCGAAGAAUCGUGCGCUGAUUGGCUGAAACGUUAUCCAGAUCUGAAAAACGGGUAUUACUGGAUCAAGACAAAAAACAAACGCAAAAAGACGAAAGUAUACUGUGACAUGGAAAGAUUUGGCGGCGGGUGGACGCUGGUUGUGACUAUCAACGCUAGCAACAUGGAUCAUCUUCAGAAAGCUGAGAACAACUGCGCAGACUCCGUCGCCUGCGUCACCUUCACCGAGACUGACAUCCCGGGCAGGAAGCUCUCUGAUGAAGACAUCCACGAGAUCGCAGGGAACGAAGGUGUUUUCCAAGUAGAAGUACCCUUCAACUCAUUGUCUACUGAUGAUAAAUACAAGAAUAACACUGUCUUCUACAAGAUUCCCAGUGGAGCUCAAAACUUUGACUCUUCGUGCUUGGGAAAGGAUGAAAUCUGUCCUCGCAUCAUAGUUUCGUUUGUCUACCCGUUCAAGUGGGAGUCCAAUCCAUGCAAUGACAUUGCUGUGGGCUUCAAAAUACCUAACAACUCGAAAAUUUCUGUUUUCGAUACUCGUGAUAACGCGGAAUGCGGCGAAAUAUGGUUCGCAAGCCAACACUCAGAGAGACGUAUUACCUAUGGCAUAGGAGAGUUACCGGGUCUAAUGCCGGGAGAGCGCCAAGGCUAUCUUUGGGUUAAGUGACGAGCAAUUAAAAAACUGCUGAUCCCGUCUACCUAAUCCGCAUGGCUACCCUUAUAACACCAACACCUUAUAAAGCAUUUUCAAUAUUAGAUCCUCACUCCAUUUUCGUGACUUCUCUUGGGUCAGUAUAGCUCACAUAUUCUAGGCACGAACAGGGCGCAGAGUGUAGACUCCGGGGCCUUUUUAAAUCGCAUUCGAUCCACGCUCUCAUGGGCCCAGGAGUUUGUAAAUAAGAGGAUCUUAACACUAGUUUCGAGUAGAUAUAUGUUCUACUAAGUUAAGCACUAGUGGUAGUCAUUUGCACAAAAAGACAUGUAUGAAUGCUUUAGAUGAGCAUGUUCAAUGUUAAUAAAAUGGAAUCAAAGUA